AGAGGGAGAGAGCGAGCGAGUUUUGGAGAAGGGAAAUUAUGGCCGUUAGAAUGUCCUUCCAUUGCCACCGGAGUACUUCGUUUCACAUGAGAAUGAAAGCCACGUUUCUGCUUUUGUUUUUCAGUGUAUCCGGUGUGGCCAGUAACCAGGUGGUGGUCCAGGACAGGGUGAGCGCGGUUCUGGGGAAGAACAUUACGCUGGGCUGCAGGAUCGAGGUGGGGGCCAACCUCAGCCUGACGCAGAGCUCCUGGGAGAGGCGGCUGCCCUCGGGCUCCGUCACCCUGGCCGUCUUCAACCCGCAGUUCGGCAUCUCCGUGGCCCCCGAGUACGAGAAGCGGCUGUACUUCCGCUCGCCCUCCGUGCACGACGCCACCAUCGUGCUGGAGGACCUGGGCUUCGCCGACGUCGGCGUCUACACCUGCAAAGUGGCCACCUUCCCCCUGGGCAACACACAGGCCUUCACCACCGUCAGCGUCAUGGUGGAGCCGAAGCUGUACGUGUCGGCGGGCUCCACGGCGCUGCUGGACGGCGGUAACGAGACGGUGGUGGCGUCCUGCACGGCGGAGCGGGGCCGGCCGCCGGCGGAGGUGUCCUGGGAGUCCGAGCUGUUCGGCCGCUCCGACGUGCACCACCAGGACGAGCCCAACGGCACCACCACCUCCCAGGCCCGCUACCUGUGGCGGCCAAACCGCCACGCCCAGGGCCACACGCUCACCUGCGUGGUGCGCCACCCCGCCCUGCAGGCCGAGGUCCGCAUCCCCUACCUGCUCAACGUGCAGUUUGCCCCUGAUGUCGUUUUGACGGGGUACGAUGGAAACUGGUUCGUGGGGCGGGAGUCGGUGCGGCUUCAGUGCAGAGUCCACGCCAACCCGCCGGCCCAGUACGUGAGCUGGACCAGGGUGGGCGGGCAGAUUCCCGACGGCUUGGCGGUGGUGAACGGAACCCUGGUUUUCGCGCGGGCGCUGGAGCGGAACGACUCCGGGGAAUACCGGUGCGAAGCGGGGAACGACCUGGGCCGCCGGAGCAAGGAGAUACACGUCCAGAUACAAGAGCCUCCUCCCACCACCACCACCCUCCCCACCACCGCCGUGCCGGUCCCCGGGCACCCCUCCACCGGAGCGCUCCCCCAUAAGCCCAGCCCCAAAUCCGGCUCCCCGACGCUGGCCUCCCUGACGGACAGCAGCCUGGGCACCAUCGUGGGCGGGGCGGUGGGCGGGGUGCUGUUUCUGGUGCUGCUGCUGGUGCUGGGCGGGGUGUGCUACAUGCGCCAGCGCAGGACCUUCCGCGGGGACUACUACACCAAGCAGUACCUGGGGCCCAGCGACAUGCAGAAGGAGUCCCAGCUGGACGUGCUGCAGCCCCACGAGCUCCAGGAGGUCUACGGGGAGGGCUCGGGGAAGGGCAGCCAGCAGGACCUGAAGCCCAAGCCCGGGGACGUCAUCUACCCCGACUACCCCGCCGACCACAAGGACAGGGAGGAGUGGGGCGACAACGUGAAAAACAACCGACGGGCCCAGCGGGAGGAGGACUAUUACCCUGACCACCACAGCCCCAACAACAUCCACCCGAGGGGCCCGACUGUGCACAGCCCUACCCUUACCAACGGCUCCCCCUACCUGCCGGAGGACUGCUACGACAACGGCACCGACAGCGACUAUGUGUCCCACCUGGACGGGUCGGUGAUCUCGCGCAGAGAGUGGUACGUCUGAUCGGGCGCUCCACGGCACGGAGGGGCCGUGGCGAUGACUAAAGAAGAAAACAAAACUGCAAAAUCGAGAAAUGGAUCACUACAUGGGACCCGGCGAGAGAGACGCUUCAGAAACUAAAGCGAAAAAAGGAAAUCUCUGGGCGAAAAAGGAAAACUCUUCUUCUUCAAUCACUUUUUCAGUAAACUUUGAGGAUAGUAUUUAAUGGAUCAGACUCUCUUUAGCAGUACCUGCUCCUAGAGGCCUCCAGGUGAAUGUAUCUGAACACUUUCAUGGCACUUGGAUGAACAGUUCCUGCCUGGAGCCACUUACGCUGCCAUUGUCUUUGUGCUUGAUCUAGAAGCGUUUAAGACACCCUCCAGCCCAGGUUGUGGGCCGGGGGGCUUUGACCCCCACACCCCACCCCCAGUCUGUGUGUAACACCGGGAUGUUUAAAAAAAAUGUUGGUGUUCAUCUAAGCAUUGAUUCCUAAGAGUUUGACUUGUAUUUCACAUUUUUAAAGGGGGGGGCGGGGGCGUUUUCUAGGUCGAAUCCCUGCCGCACUCCUAAAAGCAACUCAAGAAGGUUGCCCUGUACGGGGGUCAGGUUUUGUUUGUUUCUCCUCAAAAUGGACAGAGGAGGGAGAAGGGUAUUGUUUUGCAUAUGGUGCAGCCAGCGCUCGGAGAGAACGCUGCUCCUGGCUGCUGAUCAGCGGUCCGUGAGUGACGCUGCAAAACUCGGCCAGCUGGCCCCUCCCUCCCUCCCUCCCUCCCUCCCUACCGCUGGGCACUGCCUUUGCUUUGUUUGCAUCAAAUUACCUUCUCUGAUCUGAUUUGUGAGACCGGGUCGGGGGGCCGUGUUUAUAUGUCAGGGGACCUGUUCUAGGGAGGGGUGGACCGGUUCUCACGCCUGGAGGGAGCGGGUGAGAGAGCCCCUGCCCGAACCCGGACGGGUUCAGAGAAAGCGGUCUGCGCUAAUAGCGCCGGGCUCUUGUUCCAGUCACGACGCAGUCGUCUUAGGCUGUCGAGAGGGGAAUAAAGAGGAUUCUGAGUGACGAAGCAAAUUCUUCGCCUUAGUCACAUUCUUUUUGGCAGGCCCCCCACAAUCCAACAGUAUUUUCAGUGUUAUAGUAUCGAUAAACUAUCACUGUGAUUCACCAAGAUGAGAGGCAGCGAUUUAGACUGUGUGUCGGAGUGAAUUAUGCUCAAAACGCUGAGCUUAGUUUUUGAUGAUCCAGACAACCCUCGAAGCACUUGAAACAGGUAAACCAAUUAUGCUUCUAAUCAUUAUUUUUACAUCCUCAGUGUAAAAUGGUGGAUUAGGAUGUUCUUUAUGACAGUCUGGAAAUUAAUUCUAAUGAAUAUCUCAUUUGCAAGUAUAUCAUUUUGAUAGCAGUAAAUACUGAGUGGAUGCAGGCAUUUAAUUACUUUUGAGAGGAGAUUCUUUCCCUUGGGUCCUGUGUUUAUUUUGAGUAUGAUGCAGAAAGGGAAUGGGAUGACAUCAGCAGUCUUUAGGAGAAAGGUACAGGCUGUCUGAGGUAGCAUGCGCUACACUGUUAGCCUGCGCUUCCCUACAGCUUGCUUCUUCUGAAGAUCGCCUGCUUCCCAGGAGUCCAUGUUGUGAUGCUAUUGUCGCUGUUAGGUAGAUGAGCUCACUUCAAAGUAUUCGUGAAAUGGCAAGAGAUUCUGGAGAUUUCUGUGCCAACAGUUCCUAUUUUAGCUUGUUCGGUCUCUGGCACUCACAAACACACACACACACACACUCUUGGCAGCCAAGUACUGACUGUUUUAACUGCCUAGCAACAGGACUGAUAUUUUUUGAGACUGGUGCAAAAAAUAAGUACAUAAAUGUUUAUAAAUAAAAACUUAAACAUAAGCAGUUCUCACUAGUUGUGUGUAGAUUGCACUUGUUGUUUCUCAUUUUUGUCAUUUUACGAGAAACAAGCUGCUUGGGUUUUGUAGCAGAAGGGUAACCUCACGCACCCUUUGGACUUCUCAUUUCUAAAGCUGGAAGGAGUUUACGGUUAAUUGAGAGUGGGGCGAGGAGCGCUUUGGGCUCCGGCGUUCAGGCAGGGGAGGGGUUAAUUGGGGCUGUGGCUGAUGCAGAAGGGGCUGGCGGUCAGCCAGACGUUUGAGCGUUUGUUGUGGGGUUUGUGGUAGGCACAGCAUCCUUCCCCGUUAUAAUUUAGCUCUUUAUUCUUCUUCUUUUUUUUUCUCCACCUCAUCCCCGGCUGCCCUCCACUCCCAUAUCCCUCUGCCCAAAAGUUUAGACUCUGCGGACCCAGAAUACACUUGUGACGCACCAAACGCACCAAGCACAUCUGUUUCAUAGGAGGCCCAACCACAGUGUGAGGGGCUGGCCCUUACCUUAAACUCUGUGACUCCCCUAACUUUUUCUUUUUUUGGGGGGUUUUUAAAUCUUUUUUAAAAAUGGGCUUGGCCCCAGCCACGUGCCAAUCAGCCUUAGAAGUUUGCGAGCACAUCAGCCGGAAACAUCCAAAUUCAGAACUGAUUCAAUAGGGACAUGUUUAGAGCAGUGGUUCACAGACCUGGUCCUGGGGGCCCACUGUGUGUGCUGGUUCUGGUCAAAGCCAAUCUCUAGAUCAAUUAAGGCUGCUGAAAAUGUGUUUCGUUUCUGCCUUAAUUGUGUGGGUAAACUUGUUUUAAAAGGAUGCAGGUUUGGCUUGUUGCCAUUAACUGUCAGUAAACUCCUUUCACUCUGCACAGACGGCUUAAGGUGUCUACAAUCUCUGCAAAUAGGACCCAGCUGAUUUCAUUUGUCAGUUUAUAAUUUAAUUGAUUAAAAUGAAGUCUCUUUCACUUGGGAUUAUUUGCCAUAUAGGGCAUACAGCACUGUAAAUUUGGUCUGACCGAUUGAAAUUCCUGUAUUGUGAAUAUGGGACAUUUAUUUUUUGGGGCAUACUUAGCUAUUUCUAGCAGAAUGUGGCUUUAAGAGGGCACAGCAUCCUUCCAUAGGCUGUAAACAUGUCCAAUUAGCAGCUCAUUACAAUACAGAGCUUGUUAUUGUGGUUGGAACAAAAACCAGCAAACACAGUGGGUCCCCAGGAUUGGAGUUAAAAAACACACUGGUUUAAAGUAUAGAAUUUAUAAUUUGCCAUGGGUGUUUUUUGGCCACAUCACCCCUCACCCCCAGGAACGUCUCCCAGGUCUCCCACUGUGUCUGACAUCCCUGUUGGCUCAUCAGAGAGUGUGCGUGUGCGUGUGUGUGUGUGUGUGUGUGUGUGUGCGUGUGCCUGUUCGUGUUUCAUGUGAAAUGCGUGUGCAUGUCCCAGUUGUGGAUGCCCAGGCAGUCUGUUCUGUGUCAGCCCUCCUCUUGAGAUGGGAGAACACUUGAGUGUCCAGGGCACAACGCUGGGAGCUCCUGAGGCUGGGAGCACGGAAACCUCCGGAAGCCUGCGUUUGGGGCAGCUGCUGCUUGAAGGAUGAUGUGAGGAAAACUACACAGUGGCCUGUGGGACGUACACACGAAGCUCAGAUCUUUUUAUGAGCUAAACAGCAGAUUAAAGAUCAUCAGUAGGCUUUGUGGUAAGCAUAUUCCCUCAGUUUAGCACAUCCUGCCCCUUGAUCUUCAUUUGGAGAAAAAUAGUUUACGCUAUGCUUAUGCGUGUGUGCUUGUCUGAGAUUGCUUUGGUUACAACGGUUUCCUUCUUUUAUGUUCUUUUUUUAUGCUUGGAUUUUUCCUGGAUUAAAAAUAUAUAUAUAUUUAAGCAUUUGUGCCUUUUUACUUGUGGAUUUGUGCGUGCAGGUUUGCGUGUGCGUAUGCCUUCUAGCGUGCCUGUCUGCCUGUGUGUUUAUGCUUGCGUGCGUGCGUGAGUGUGUUUCCAGUACUGUAUGUAGCCAUACGGGACAAGACAGCUUUAUUAGUGGGACUGGGCUGUCAGUGGGCCCAGGUUCAAGAUAUUAUUCUCUGCAUUGGUCUUGGUCUGCAUUGCAUCAUUUUUGUUGUUUUUAGUUCCAAAGCUAAUACACAUUUGCUGUAAUUGUAAUGGCAGGAAACGACCUCAUAUUUGGAACGGCACUUGGGAAAGGGGGAACAUGCGAACGGGUUUCAGUUUUAAUUGCAUUCUGUGUGAAAUGGCACGAUCAUUAUAUUUCUGCAUUGCUGUUUUUUUUCCUUUUUUUUUUGUGCCAGUCGUAAAAUCAUUAUGUCAGUGAUUCAAAGUCGGUGCCUUUAAAGGGAGGAACGUUUUAACAAAGAACAUUCUUUAUGGCUGGAGAGAUUUUGGAAGUUUGCUUUCCUCGAGAGUUAACUGUGCAGUCACGAUAUAUGUAAAUCAUAUUUAUAUCCAGUAGCAUAGGGACCUUAAUCCUUAAUUUCUUAAUUUCUUUCUGUAGCCUUUUGUCUUCUAUUAGCUUGCGGAUGUAGUGGACAAGGAGGCUGCUUAAGCCUUCUGACGCUCUUGCACGGACAUUUGUAGCGCCAAAGUUACAAAGCACCUGAAGCAAAAAUUUCACUGGAAAUUGUACAUGUACACAGGGGAACUGUGGAGUAUGAGCAUAGUCAGAUUUUUUAAGUUAAUAUGUUUCUUUGUAUAUAUGCUGGCGAGGGGGCGGGGGGAAGGGGGGUCUGUCAAUCCUUAUUUUCUUUUGUUCGAGGCCUGGUGAAAUGCAUUAAGGAACAUUGAAAAGUACCCACGUCAUGUUUAUAAAAGGUGUUCCCCUGUCAUGUUUCUUUUUUUAUUGGGUUUGAGUUUAUUUGAUACCUUUGUUUAUUUUGUACAUAAGGAAAAGUUUGACCAGGGCAAACGGAACAAAAAAAGGAAAGUGAUGAACUGUAGACAGUAACACAUGUUUUCUUCUUGUUUUGACACAUUUUGUUUGGAAUAAAGCACCAUUUUUUUCUGUGA